AUGGACGAUGAAGACUUGGAGUAUACCCUGCUGAACAAGCGGGAAGUCAUGGUCUAUCAGAUCCCUCCGGCUUCAUCUUCCGCUGGGCAUAAGGCCGAUGACUGGAAGAAGUGCAUCUGGCGGGGUCGACUCAGGAUGGCUGGAAGAGGGCGGGACCUGACGAUCAAACUCCUCGACAACAGCUCCGGGAACUUGUUCGCUCAGUGCAUCAUCCCCGGUGGCGAUCACGCCAGCUAUGUAGAGAGAGUUAUCGACUCCAGCCGAUACUUCGUGCUGAAAAUCACCAACGGUGACCGGCACGCCUUCAUCGGCUUAGGAUUCGAGGACCGAAAUGACGCCUUUGACUUCAACUGCACACUCUCGGACUUCAAGACGACCUGGGUCGACCGAGAGAAGGAGGCAGCACAGCCCGUCCAGGCAGCUGGACCUGCGAAGGACCUGUCCUUGAAAGAAGGUCAGACCAUCAAGAUAAAUCUCCCCGGCAAGAGCAGACGUCGGGAGGAGAAAGCUGAGGGUGGCUAUGCUGGUGGCUUCGGGGCUCUAGCGCCCCCGCCCCCUUCGGCGCCAUCGCGGCGGCAGGAGCCUGCUCCUGCGGCUGCACCGGCCCUGUCCCCACCGGCGGCAGCGCCAGUGCAGGCUGCUCCAGCAGCAAAGGCGGCUGCCGAUGACUUCUUCGGCGACUUUAGCGAUUUCCAGGGCGGCGGUGCUGAUCCUGGCGUGGCGGCGGUGAGCAAAGGCAUGGAGCAGCUGAGCUUCGGAGGCCCUGCUGCUGCACCGGCUCCUGCGGUGGUACAGGCUUCGGUGCCAGAUCCUUUGGGGUUCCCAGCGGCCGACCCCUUUGCAGGUCCGGUUUCGGCUGCACCCGCACAACGGCCUGCAGCUGCCGUAGCAGAUCCUUUUGGAGGACCACCGCAGUCGUCCAGCCAGGCCAGCCGGCAGGGCAUGGCACAGGCGCCUUUCGCAGGACCGCCUGCGUCGGUGCCGGCACCUGACCCCUUCGGAGGCUUCGGAGGUUUCGCAUCUGCUGCGCCGGCGCCCUCCAAGGCGACCCCGCCAGCCGCCGCCAGGCCAACGCAGCGGAGCAGCGAUCCCUUUGACGGCCUUGACAUCUUCAAGUGA